AUGCAGAGUCCGUGGUCAGCAAUGAUGCUGAGAAGCUCGUGGGCUGGGCUCCUUUUCGGUUUCUUGGCUUCGCUUCUCCGCCUCGGGGUAGGCCUGGGCAUUUGGCGUGUCCGCGGAGCCGGUCCAGAUGGUCCUUCCCCUCAGCCAGCCAAGAUGGGACUCCCGAUGAACGUCGCGAGCAUUGUCCUGCUGGUGGGAACGUGCAUGCUUCAUGCUGGGUGGGAAGCCGCGAACUACAUGUUCCGACCUCUGCCACUCCUGUAUCGCCUGGGAUCUGCCGGGCACCUGGUUAACUCUCUCCUCACAUGUAGCCUGGCUUGUGCCCUCGCGAGCGCAGCCGACUCGAUCGGGGUCGAGCUGGAAAAUCUUGUGGUGGGGGACUGCGACGCGGCGAACUUCAAGGAGCGGGUACACCACCCGAUGGUCAACUUCCUCGACAGGAACAACAAGUACCUUGCGAAGCUCGGCUUGCCCUUAGUUCUGAUCAGCUUCUCAUUGGUCGAUAUGCGUUCUGGCGGAUCAUACAUGCCGAGUUGCUGUUUUCCCGCAGCACCUCCCAGGCAGCCAUUCAGCUGA